UCCCCUGGCGCGCGGCCCGGCCCCGCCCCGCGCCGCCCGCGCGUGCGCGGCGCUUCCCGCCAAAAGGCGCGUGAGGGGAGCGGGCUCCCCGUCCGCCGCCAUGAGUGGGUCGGUGCUGGCCGGGACCCCCAUCGCCGUGGACUUCUGGAGCCUGCGGAGGGCGGCCGGCGCCCGCCUCUUCUUCCUAUCCCACAUGCACUCGGACCACACGGUGGGGCUGUCCAGUACCUGGCAUCGCCCGCUGUACUGCUCCCCCAUCACUGCCCGCCUCCUGCACCACCGCCUGCAGGUGCCGACGUGCUGGAUCCAGCCGCUCGAGGUGGGGCAGAGCCAUGUCGUGGGUGAGGUGACGGUGACACUGAUCGACUCCAACCACUGCCCUGGCUCCGUUAUGUUCCUCUUUGAGGGCACCUUUGGCACCAUCCUCUACACAGGAGAUUUCCGCUACACGAGCGCCAUGCAGGACGAGCCGGCGCUGAGGGGCCGCCACAUCGACCGCCUGUACCUGGACAACACGCACUGCCAGCCCCAGCGGGCGCUGCCCUCGCGGGCGGUGGCCACCCGCCAGGCUGCCCACCUCAUCCGUGCCCACCCAGGGCACAACGUGGUCAUCGGUGUGUACAGCCUGGGCAAGGAGACGCUGCUGGUGGACCUGGCUCUGGAGUUCAGCACGUGGGUGGUGGUGAGCCCCUGGCGCCUGGAGCAGAUGCGGCUGCUGGAGCUGCCGGAUGUGUUCACCGCCGAGGAGGGCACGGGCUGGAUCCGUGCCGUGAACGUCACCGAGAUCUGCUGGGACACGCUCGUCACCUGGAAUGCACAGCACCCCACCAUUGCCAUCAUCCCCACGGGCAUGCCCGUGAAGGUCACCCACCCCAACAUGCACCUCAUCCCUUACUCGGAUCACUCGUCCUUCGAGGAGCUGCGCGAGUUCGUGAAGUGGCUGAGACCUUGCUCCAUCAUUCCCAUUGUGAAGGGUGACAUGUGCCAGGAUUACUUUCAGGAAUACCUGAAAGUACCUGAAAGCUCUGCUCCCCAGGUGCUUCCUGACUUCAGAGUCCCAAAGCCCAUGCAUGAGUCUGGACAGCAGCAAAGCCAAAGGAGGGGGCAGAAACCCACAAAUGUCCGGAAAAGAUCCCUGGGGAGUUCUGUGCCUCGAGGGGUUGUUUAUGAGUCCCCAGAGAAAAAUAAGGAGAAACCUGAAGCAUUUACAGGUGUUAAGGUUCCUCAGCACGACUGUGAGCCAGGUCUCUGCUCAAAAGAAGGCUGCACUUGUCACAGAGGUGAGAGGGAACAGCUGGGAAGAGCAGGAGCAGCACCUGUUUCCAGUGAGCACCUUGCAACUGGAUUUGCAGAGCAGUAUUUACUCAGUCCCUUGAAUGUUGUAAAGGAGUUUUCUGCACAGAAGUUUGAUCAGCUGGUAGAAGACUUUCUUCGGAAGGAGGACGCGCCCUGA